UAGGUUUUGCAGAGCCCUUUCUCCCUUCUCUCUGAAACAAAAGCUUCCGAAAUUUCUCGGCUUUCGGAGAGAUUUCUUUUGGGAUAAACGAGAUGGGUCUCUUUCUAUCUAAAACUUGUACAGAUCUUCUUUUGUUUUCCGUCUUCUUUCCCAAGAGGUUUCCCUUCGUUUCUGUGCAGUUGGCAAACUCGGUCUCCCGCACCGGGAGGCAUUCCCAGCGCUACGAUAGUAAAGGCUACCGCCAAGUUGUUGGAUGCAUUCCGUACAGAUACAGAGAAACCAACUGCCAAUCUUCCUCCAUUGAGGAUUUAGAGGUUCUUGUGAUCAGUUCACAGAAGGGGCAAGGAAUGAUGUUCCCAAAGGGAGGUUGGGAAACGGAUGAGACUGUGGAAGAUGCGGCCAUGCGAGAGACGCAAGAGGAAGCUGGUGUUGUUGGCAAAGUCGAAAAUUGUUUGGGGAAUUGGCAGUAUAAGAGCAAGAGACAAAACAUAAUGCAUGAGGUCUACAUGUUCUCUUUGCUUGUGAACGACCAGCUAGACCGGUGGCCAGAGAAAAACCUCAGGGAACGAAGAUGGAUGACAGUGGCAGAAGCUAGGGAAGUAUGUCAACAUGGGUGGAUGAAGGAAGCUUUGGAUGUGUUAGUUAGUCAACAAUUGCAACCCGAGGAAAAAUCUCGUACAUAGGAUACUGAAUUUGGCCAUUAAUUCGUCGGAUUUGUCAAAUGACUGCACCAAGAUUAACAUAAAAAUAUCAGGCGGCACCAGAACUUGAGCUUCGAGCAUAAGUCAUGUUCUGUUGAAGGAGCUUUGCUUCGUUUCCAUGGCAAAUUCAUGGCGUUCAUCUUUUGAGUUUUGAGUUCAUUGUGGUUGAAACGCAAGAUCGAAAACUUCCACGAUGUAGUUGUUGGUUGGUAGUAGCAGGAAUCAGCUUGCAGAUCAUGUAAAAAUGUUUGAUUCAUUCUUUUAAUAUAAUAGCUCCGAUUCUUUAUUGUA